AUAAUAAUAAUAAAUCACAUCAAGAGAGUAGCACAGAAAGCAAGAGGAGGAAGAUAGAAUUCAUACCAGAAGGGAAGUUGCAGCGAAUCCUUGAGAGGAAAGUGAAAAAUGUUGUUAAGCACGUCAAUUCCCGAGUCAUCGUCAUCGGCAGCCACAUUAGUCUCCAGUUUCCUUCACAAACCCACUUCUAGUUCAUGGUCAUCUUCUUUUUCCAAGCUCUCCAUCUCCUUCGACGCCAUUAAAGCACCUUCUCUUUCAACUCACAAUACAAAGUUUUUGAUUAAAGCAGCAGCCUGGACACGAAGAUCUCGAGGAGAAGCUGCAAAAAGAGGGAAUAAGAAAUCAUGGAAGCAAAGAACAGAUAUGUACAUGAGACCUUUUGUUUUGGAUGUUUACUUUUCAAGGAGGUUCAUCCAUGCCAAAGUGAUGCAUCGAGGAACAAGCAAGGUUGUUUCAGCAGCAAGCACUAAUUGCAAGGAUUUAAGGUAUUCAUUACCAUCACCCACUGAUGACAAUGCCUGUAGGAUUAUUGGGAACCUAAUUGCUGAGAGAUGUAAAGAAGCUGAUGUAUUUGCAAUGUCUUAUGAUCCUCCAAGCAUGGAAAGAAUUCAAGACAAAGUUGGAAUUGUUAUUGAUACUAUUAAGGAGAAUGGUAUUAUAUUUGUAUAGACUUCGGUAUCCAUCUUCUCCACACAAAUUGGUCUUCUUUCUACUAUGCUAAUAAUAUAUGCAAAAAAUACUUACAUGAU